GGCUCUCAGAUGGGUAACACAAAUGCCAUGUUGUUUGUCGAGUCUUGGACUCUUGGCCGUACUGAGGAAAUGGAAGGGUAGUAGAUGAACCACGAAAGAUUGCGAGACGGGCCGGAUGAAACUUGGAUCUGACUUGAUGUCUUCCCAUGGAUAUGCGAUCAGCCUUUGGUUGGAUGCUGGAGGCCGUUUCAACCCGGAGAGAGGGGGAGGGAUGGGGCCUCAAGGCUUUAUAUAGGCACACUUGUAAGAGUCCAGCACACAGACGAGCUGCGAUAGUGGAACAAACCAUAUGAAUUGGACCAAGUUUUGAUAGUUGGGUUGAUGUUGCUCAGUUUCUGACACUGUUGCUCUUGUGGUCAAUGAGUGCUUACUGAUGCCUGUAUCACACACCAUCUCACCUAACCCUCUUUUACCCCAACCGUGCCCUUCUUUCACGAAGGGGGGUCUUUUACUUGGCACGAUCACGACAGCGGGAAUCCGGGGUGGGUUGAGACAUGGGCAGAUGAAUGCCGUCAAAUGUGCCUUUCCGCAGCAUGUCUCGCAUCCAUCCAUGGCCGCUGUACAUAUCGGUAUGAUGCCGACAUGCCCGGGGCGUGUGAAGCAUGUUGACAUGCACGCCUUCCGGGGUAAAUCGUGCCGUUUGUGCUUCGUGGACAGGGCACGAUCAACGUUCCCACGAAAUGUCGGUGUUGUCACUGGACUUCAUUGGACUUCCUUCAUCACUGGACUUGCUGGCGACUGCUGCUGUGCAGCCCGAGCAGGCCCGAGCUUCCUGCGGUGCGGAGAAGCUGGAAGGACCAAAUCCGGAGUCGGCCACGACCGGCAGCACUUGGCCAGUGGCCUAUCAGACGGGCCGGGCCCACUUGCGUCUUUUUCACUUGCUGUCCCCGGCAUCGAGGGCAUGCGGCUUGGGAGGCUCAGUCGGCCAGUGAAAUCUGUCCCGGAUGCGGCCGGCUGUGCCUGCCAUUGGCUGUGAACGAGUGACAGGACGUUCCAGAACGUCAUCGUCAACAGCGACCCGCGAGUUGUACCUGCGCUUGCUGUUGCCCCUUUUUCCAAC